UUAGUAUACAAGGUGUCUUGUAAUAAGUGGAAUGCACUUUAGGAAGGAAGAACAUAAAACAAUGAAGAAAAAUUCAUAAAAGCACGAAAUUCAUUUAUUUCUGGGUAUUUUUUGAUCCAAGGUCAAAUAGGGUACACUUUUUUAAAUUGAUUUUAUUCCCUCGGUCAUUUCUAAAGUGAAUUCCAUUUAUUAUGGAGCACCUAGUAUAUGUAUUAGAUAUAUGUAUGAUGUGUGUAUUUCAUGUGUGCUAAGUUAUCAGCUGAUGCGUGCGCUUCUAAUAUAUACGAAUAAAUAUAUAUAUGUAUAAUAUAACUCUGGAGUUUGACCAUAGGGAACUGUACCAAAUACUACGGAUACAUUACGUCAGGCAGAGUUCAGUUCCCCUCCAGGAAUACAGGGAUAUUCGUUCAUAGUGAUAUGUAAUUCUUCUUACCAUCCAAACCAAUUCUACGAGUAAAAAAGAAGACAAGAUGACUGAUAUACAAAAAUUAUCUCGCUGGUAUUUUGGAGGAAUUGCUUCUGCUGGAGCCGCAUGUGUUACACAUCCAUUGGAUUUGCUUAAGGUUCAUAUGCAAACUCAACAAGAAGGUAAAAUAUCUGCGAUACGCUCUACUGUUACUAUUAUUGAAAAGGAUGGUAUAUUAGCUUUGUAUAAUGGUCUCACUGCUUCCUUACUUCGUCAGCUUACAUAUUCUAUGACAAGAUUUGGUGCUUAUGAGGUAGGUAAGCAGACGAUUGAAUCACAUGGGAAUCCUAUGCCAUUUUAUCAAAAGCUGCUUUUGGCUGGAUGUGCAGGUGCUGCUGGUGGAGUUGUUGGUACUCCAGGAGAUUUGAUUAACGUUCGGAUGCAAAAUGAUAUUAAGUUACCGCCACACCUUAGAAGAAAUUACAAACAUGCUUUAGAUGGAUUAGUUCGAGUUAUUAAAGAAGAAGGUGUAUUAAGGUUGUUUAGUGGUUGUUCUACUGCAACUGGAAGAGCAAUGCUAAUGACAAUAGGACAAUUAAGUUUUUAUGAUCAAAUUAAAAUAAUUCUAUUGUCUAGCGAUUAUUUUACAGAUAAUCCUACGACUCAUAUAAUUUCAAGCGUAUGCGCAGGUGCUGUAGCUACAACAUUAACACAACCAUUGGAUGUUCUAAAAACACGUGCAAUGAAUGCCAAGGUUGGAGAAUUCAAGAAUUUUGCGGAUCUCUUUUUAUAUACUGCCAAACUCGGACCAUUAGCUUUUUUUAAGGGAUAUGUGCCAGCAUUUAUACGACUAGCUCCACAAACAGUUCUCACAUUUUUAUUUCUUGAACAACUCAGGAGCUAUUUUGGUAUUCCAAUACCAAAUGAAAAACCAAAACCUCAGUGAGAUAUUUUUGUUUUCUUUAAACAUAAAAUUAACUUAAGAAAUAUUGUUCCGUACGCGAUAAAACGCACAUAAUAGAGUAUAGGGUUUAUCGAUGAUUUAUGUAAGCUGCCAAUUUUACUCUAUGUCUAUAUCUUUUUCGUUACCAUAUUAACGCUUGUAAUUAUUUUACAAGCAUCUUGCACAAUUAAUUCGUAUUAUUUU